UGCCUUUCGCCAAUACCGCUCACGCAACCCUGCCGGCGCCCGCUCUCCUUGCUGCUCUUUGCAAGCACAUAUUAUGAUGCCGACCCUCAUCUGUCGGCCCCUCCUGUUUGCGCUCUCUCCCUCGUCUGCUUGCCUCCUCCGCCCACCAUGAAAUUCGCCCAGGAGUUCCGCCGCACCUUGCAUUCAGAGGGGUUCCCCCAGAAAUGGGUCGACUCGGCCAUCCCCUAUGGCCAACUCAAGAAGUGCCUCAAAAAGGUCACCCGCGAGCUGGUUGAUCUCGGCCUCGACCGUGAUACCCUUGCCAGUCUCGCGGUCACAGCGCACGCCAGCUCGGUCGCCUCCGACGAGGACCCCCAGACUGAUCUCGGCUUCCGCUACCGCCUGGCGGGUGACGACUUUGGCUCCACUCGCGUCCGCCCCAAGCUCACCAUCUUCGUCCAUCUUCACAACGGCGAGGUGGUCGACGCUGGCCUCACACCCUCCACCAGGGAAUUUCUUGGCCACCUCGCUUCCGGUCGCCUCUCCUCUUCUCUGCAGCGCAGCUCGACCUCAGAAUCGCGAUCCACCACGCCAAGCCAGAAUAGCGACCAAGCCACCCAGACUGCAGAACCGUCGAAACCACCCGAGGUCAAGGGAAUUGAUUCGGCCGAUAUAUCGGUUGACCACGAUGCGGCUCCAUCAACGCGACGUAUCGAGGUGCCUCUCGUGUUCGACGGCGAGUUCUUUGACUUGCUGCAGUCCGAUGUUGUGCUGCUUGAUAGUAUUCAGGAGGAGGAGCAGGACCGGCUGGGCAAGGAGAUUACCGCUCUGGGUACGGAGGUGGCCAAGCUGACGGAGCCGCGUCGAGGUCUGCGAGACCGACCCGAUAGAGCCAAAUGGCGCGACAUAUUCCAGCUAUACCUUGAUGCCGGUGUGUUUUUCUCAACACGCGAGUCUGACCACGGCGUACGUACAAGCGCCCAAGCUCUCGAAAAGCUGCGGUGGUUCCAGGAACAGGUAUUCAAGCAGGAUCUCGUGCGCACGAUGAAACUCGAGGUCAGCAGACAGGCUUUCAGCAAGUUUCUCAACCUCAACGCAGCACUUCUUCAAAAUCUCAAAUUCCAAGAGCUCAAUAGUCUUGCCGUGACCAAGAUUCUCAAGAAAUUUGACAAGCGUACCUCGCUUGGCGCCACCAAAUCUUUUCAAGUCGCCCUCCAUUCGCAUCGGCUACUGGCUGGGAAUGUGGCUAAGGACCUCUGCGCGCGCAUGUCUACCGAGCUCAUCUCGACGGUUCCGCAGCUCGAUGACUACCUCUGCCCUAUCUGCUACUCUGUUGCUUACUGGCCGAUGCGCUUGGACUGCAAUCACAUAUUCUGCAGUCGUUGUCUAGUGAAAAUGUCGCGGAGGUGCGAGCGGUUCUGCCCCUUGUGCCGUGCCGAUGUGGUGAUGAAGACGGGACUGGACCACUUGGAUAGCGAGCACGCCGCCUUUCUCCGCCGCCACUUCCCAAAAGAGGUCAAGGAGAAGGUCAAGGCAAAUGAGCUUGAGCGCAACCGGGAAAUCUUCGGGCCUGACUACCAACCGAGCAAGGAAUGCGUGGUCAUGUAAACGAUUGCCGAACCUCUUCCAUCUGUUAUGCUCUCAGCUAGCUGCAGGUGUUGCUGUGUUCUUGCGAGAGCUCUUUUGUUUUUUUCUAGUUGAGAACCUGUGCCUAGAGAUACCCCCAAUGCUUCAGUUAUUCAAACAAGUUUCGAGUUUUGAUGGUCAUGGCUUCAACGUUGACCAAAAGGUCUCCUCGUGAGUCUGUAUGAGUACUGAAGUGCCGCAAACCAGCUUGUGACACUAAUCUCGUUCCGAAGCUUGAGGCGAAGGCCCCGUCCCAUCCUGUCCGAUCUUCGCCCCGAAGGAGGGGCCAGUUGAAGUGGGCCCCACGUCAUACCAAAAGCGGUUCUUGCGUUGACUCAAUCCAAUGUCUUCGAGUUUUUCGGUUUGGUCGAAGAAGGAUAGUUGUUGGCGGCGGCUCAAACGAGUUAAAAGACUUUCAUGUCGAGGUGGUGUCAGUGACA